AUGGCGGGGUGGGGGAGAUGCUGCUGCCCGGGGGGGCGGGGUGGGGCUGGAGGCGGGGGGGGGUCCCGGCAAAGCGGAGCCCGUGGCCGUCCCGCACCCUGCUGCGGGUUUGCUGCCGGGGGCCCCGUGUCACCCCCGAGCACCCCUUUCUCUCUGCAGCGCAGCCCCCAUGAGUCCCCCUCUGCGGCAGAAGCCCCCAGCGGGCAGGAGGAAGCCAAAGCUGUCAGCCCCAAGAAGGUGGAGGAGGAGGAGGAGAUCGACAUCGACCUGAGCGCACCUGAGACAGAGAAAGCCGCGCUCGCCAUCCAGGGCAAAUUCCGCCGCUUCCAGAAGCGGAAGAAGGAGUCGGGGCCCUGAGCGGCUGCAGGGACCUGCAACCCCCUGCCCACGGUGGGCGCCCCGCUCUUGCACGUGGGCAUGGCCCCAUCCUGACCUCUGCCAUGCCGGGUCUGCCCUGCCCUCUGUGAGCGGGGCUGGAGGGGGCUCAGCCCUUCCCUACCCCUCGCCCACCCCUGAGCCAGGACCCCGGGUGAAGCUGGAGGGUCGAUGUGGGGGGGAUGUGGCUAAGUCCUGCGUCCCCCGGCGUGCAGGUGGCCCUUGUGUGAGGGAAAUGCCAUUCUCCUCAAGGCAGCCCCCAUUUCCCCAUCCCUGGCAAUGCUGGCUGCUGGGGACAUCUGGGGUAGGGGGACACCAGUGUCCCCUGAGCAAAGGAAGUCCCUGUCCUGUCCCAGGGGGUGGGACAGUGCUGGGGGCACAGGUCUUGCUGCAGCCCACUGCAGGGAAACCGGGGCUCCCCCAGCACUGGGAUGCUCUUCAUCCUUGCACUGCCCCCUCCCCACCUUCCUGUCAUUGUCACCCUCCCCUCCCCUGGGGAGUCUUUUAGCAUGUGUAAAGAUUAAACCAUCGGGAAGAGGA